UGCAAAGCACCGCAAUCACAUAAAAAUAAUGUAAAGAAAAAACGUUAGAUACAUAAAAGUAACAUAGAAGAAACGUAUAAUACAGAAAAUUAACAUAAAAGAAACGUAAGACACAUAAAAAUAACGUUGAAGAAAAGUAAUAUACAUGAAAAUAACGUAGUAGAAACGCACGAUACAUAAAAAUAAAGCGGUGUUUUAACUGUUUUACAUUUUAACUACUAAAGAAAAGUUAUCAAAUAUGUUAACUUGCUUUUUACUAUUGCUGUUGUUUCAUCGUACGCAAAUGAUAAUACCUGACCAAAUAGUGUUUUGGCCAAUAAAACCGUUUAUUUUUAUGAGCAAUAAUAACACAGUUGAUGGCAUUCUUCCCAAACUUUACAAAAGAUUAAAAGACCUGUGCAGUCCAAACGAGGAGCUGGCAAACUUUAACUUGAUAAAUUUUACGCAGCAACAACAGUUUUACAACAUUUUAAAAAAUACAAACUAUGGUACAGCGGAACUGCAAUAUAUUUUAGAAAAAAAAGCAGUUUGGUUUCCAGUUUUUAGAAAACCUGAUAAUAACGUUCUUGAACAGAAAAAAUUAAAUAUGAAGUUGCUUUUAGAUUCACCGGGCAUUGCGGUAAUAGUUAAUAAAAAGAAAAUAACUCUAAUAUAUAAAAUGUUUUAUGCUAUCGUAAUGAGCAAACAUAUUGGAUCUAUUGCUUUUGGGUUCGUGGUAUCAUUCUCAGCUCUGGUGUGGUUAGUUGAAUGCAUAAAUAACAAAGAUUUUAGCAAGUGGUUUGUUAGGGGGUUUGGAACAAGCUUGUGGUGGGCAGUUGUAUCAUUAGCAACGGUUGGAUAUGGCGAUAUAGUUCCAAAAUCAGUAAUUGGUCGGUUUCUAUCAACGAUAUGGAUAAUUAUAAGCAUAAUUAUUAUUUCUUCAUUAACUGCGUCUUUCAGUUCAGUUAUUACAACCAACUCUUUCUUAAGUAUACGCAAAGAACAGGUUGCUGUUUUGAAAGACUCCAUAGAUUUGGAAAUUGUUCAGAAAAAUUUCGAAUCAACUCUAUUAAAAGACUACAGCUCAUUCGAAGAGAUAUUGAAAGAUAUUAACUCUAAUACGGCUAACUAUGGAGUUCUAAACAUUGAUGUUUUAAUGAACAUGGAGUUUAAAACCGCAUACCCUGAUGUCAGUUUGGUGCAGUUGUUAGGCGUUAAAUCACCUGUUUUAUUAAUGUAUGGAAGUGACACAAACAUAAUGGGAUCAUCAAACGAUAAUGUUUCAAUUUGUAUAAAUAAGGAAAGGACUGAUGUGCUUAACAACGUUAUAGAAUUAUAUUCUAAAAUACCUAUUAUUGAUAUUGAGACUACGCAGUCAUUGCCAGAUUUAAUAAUGGAUAACGAUUAUAUAAAAUUUCCUGGAAUAGGUGUUUUAUGUUUGAUAUUUGUAUUCAUUAUGAAAGAUAUUGCUCAGUUUACGUAUUAUAAAUGCAACGGUAAAAAGCAAAAGAAAAUUGAAAGUAAUAACAUUGAUGUUCCUUUGGCUGUCAUUUCUAACAAUCACGUAAACGGCGAGAAAAAACAUACUGAUAUCAGCAAAGAUAUAGCGCAGAUUAAAGAACAAAUUAUGAAGUUAAAUGCUAUUAACAUGUAUAAACAAAAAUGUCCGGUUUGCUCGUGGCAAACGUAAUGCAUGUAGAUAUAAAUUUCCUAUGCCCAUUUUACGCGACAGAAAAAAUUUUUUAAUAAUGCUUAUUUCACAAGAAGUUUUAUAUAAAUGUACGAAUAAAUAUUUUUAUUAA